CUGGUAGCCUCUCACCACACGACGCCUACUAUAGCUCCAGCGACGCACAAGAUCUCUUGUGAAUGCUAGACAACCAGCCAUGGCCGCUGGCCAAGUCUUCAGUCUCGCCACCGCGCUGCUCUCCUUCCUCCUCCCCUCCGUCGCUCUUGCAAACGGCACUCUCGCCAAAGGCUUCUCCAUCUCCGUCCCCACCGGAGAAAGCACCAAUACCAUCCUGGUGUCGCCCAACGGCGCCUUCGCCUGCGGCUUGUACAAGGUGGGCACCAACGCCUUCACCUUCUCCAUCUGGUUCUCAUGGUCAGCUGGCAGGACCAUCGCCUGGACGGCCAACCGCGACGCGCCGGUGAACGGCAACGGCUCCAGGGUCGUCUUCCAGAGGUCCGGGAGCCUGGAACUCCUUGACUACGACGGCACAGCUUUAUGGAGCACCAACACGGCCGCGAUGCACGCCGACAGCGUGGCGCUCCUGGACACCGGCAGCCUUGUCAUCAUGGAUCAAGGCGGUAAUCCCCUCUGGAGCAGCUUCAACUCGCCGACGGACACACUUCUGCCGUCGCAGUCGAUGGCCAUGAACACACGCCUGGUCUCUGCAUCGGCCAAUGGUUUGGUCUCUUCCGGCUUCUACACCCUUUACUUUGACAGUAACUACACGUUGACUCUUACCUACAAUAGAACAAAUGGGAUCAGUACCAAAUAUUGGCCUACACACACCCAGUCAUCGGCUAAUGGUAACAGGAACCAAUACAGUAGUCUGGACAGCAAAGGUGCAUUUGUGGCUGGUGACCAGCUUAAAUUUGAAGCCUCUGAUCUUGGUGAUGGCAUCAUGAGGAGGCUGACACUGGAUUAUGAUGGUAACCUUAGGAUGUACAGUCUAGACAUUAGCAGUGGCAGCUGGUACAUCUCUUGGAUGUUAUUCACUCGACUAUGUGAAAUACAUGGCCUCUGUGGCGAAAACAGCCUGUGCAGAUACAUACCGGAGGUCGAGUGUUCUUGUCUCGAAGGCUUCGAAAUGACCGAACCAAGUGACUGGAGCAAAGGGUGCAAGCGCAGUGUAGCGAGCAAGGACUUCACAUUCACAAGUCUUCCUGGAACAGAUUUCUGGGGUUAUGAAGUAAACUAUAACAUGUCAAUGCCAUUGGAGAAGUGCAUGAAAAUGUGCUUAGACGAUGGUGACUGCCAGGCUGUUGGUGUCCGGGGGGAUACAGGCCAAUGCUAUCUGAAGACCUUGCUUUUCAGUGGCAAAAAAUCCCCGGAACUCAACAAUGAUAUCUAUCUAAAAGUUCCCAAGGUGGCAUUGUCAUUGACAAAUUUGCCUUCUAGACAAGGCCUUGUUUGCAAUUUGACUGAAAAAAUGGCACCUCCUAUAGAAAUUUCUCAGAAAAAGUUCAAGUUUGGCUACUUCCUUACUUCUGCAUUGACACUACUUGCUGUUGAAGUCACAUUAAUCUUAAUUGGGUUGUGGGCUCUUCACAAAUGGAAAAAAAGACCAGAGACUACAGAUGUAGGGAGUAUGAUAAUUUACGGCCAGUUCUGCAGGUUCAGCUACAGGGAACUACAGAAAGCGACCAAUUAUUUCCAUCAAGAGCUGGGUAGAGGCGGAUCAGGAGUGGUUUACAAGGGACUCCUUGGUGAUGAAAGGAAGGUUGCAGUGAAGAAGCUAAGUGAUAUGGUCCAAGGAGAGCAAGGGUUCAGAUCUGAACUUAGCGUCAUUGGAAGAAUUUAUCAUAUGAAUGUGGUGAGAAUUUGGGGGUUUUGUGCUGAGAAGACUCAUAGACUUCUGGUUUCCGAGUUUGUUGAGAAAGGUUCUUUAGACAGAGUUCUGUUUGAUAAUUUGAACUUAUUUCCUGUUCUGCAAUGGAGCCAAAGGUACAACAUUGCACUUGGGGUAGCAAAAGGACUGGCCUAUCUCCACCAUGAGUGCCUUGAAUGGAUUGUGCAUUGUGAUAUCAAACCAGAGAACAUACUGUUAGAUGAAGAAUUCGAGCCCAAGAUUGCAGAUUUUGGGUUAGUGAAACUGUUAGGUCGGGGAGUCGGAGCACAAAUGCUGUCAAGAGUGCAUGGGACUAGAGGGUACAUUGCACCAGAGUGGGCUCUAAAUCUUCCAAUCACUGGCAAGGCAGAUGUUUACAGCUACGGAGUAGUGCUUCUUGAGUUAGUGAUGGGUACUCGGAUUUCCAGCCAGGUGGUUCAGGGGGCGGGCGAGGUGGAGGUGGAAAUGGCUGUUGGACACUAUGCUAAAAUUCUUAAAGAGAAAUUGGCAAGCAAAGAUCAGUCUUGGCUCCUGGAGUUUGUCGAUUGCAGAUUGAGUGGAGAAUUUGAUUAUUUACAAGCGGCAAUGUUGCUAAAGACAGCAGUUUCAUGUGUGGAAGAGGAGAGGAGAAGAAGACCAAAUAUGAGCUAUGUGGUAGAAACUCUGCUUUCAUUAGUGGAGGGGUAAUGUCUAGUGGAGGAGAAAUUGUAGUGUUGUGGGAGAAAACAAUACUGUACCGUUGCACAAUAAAGCAAACAAGAGCUUAUGUAGUAUAUGUAUGAUGUUAUGUAGUAUUAGUUUGGGCUA